AAAUUAUUCAGUAAUCAGUAUAUUAUAUUAUAAUUCUAAAUCUCAAAGUACGUGUUUUAUAGUUGGCUGUCUUUUUAUUUUACUAAAUUUCGAGUAUGUUUGUCACUGUUAAGUAUGGAGAUGGUGAGGUGCUAGUAUGUAAUCCCGCAUGUAAGACAGAUGUCUUACUUGAUGAUAUCAGGAAAAGAUGUAGCUAUGAAAAAGAAGUGAUGGUCGAUUUGUCAGAUGAAUCUGGUAACUUAAAAUAUUUGAGAGGUCAUCCAGAAUCUUAUGCAACAGAGUUUCUAAAAGACAGAGAGUCAUUGGUACUUAUAAAAGUAGACAAAAACCCAGUGGAUGAUGCCACAACCUACACUCCCUUACUUGAGGAUGUUUUCAUUGUCACCUCAUCCUUUAUUGAACGCCUUACACGGUGUGGUGACUCAGGAACAAAACAAAAUCAUGCAAAAAAUACCACGAAUUCUUUAUCUGCCAGUGUGAAGAAACAUCAAGCGGUGUCCAAAGCGAGGAACUCGUUCCUCACCAGUGCAAACAAAACCCCUCGCAGUACUUCAAACAGAUCUUCGAGCAGAAAUCAAUCUAAGGAAAGAAAGUCCAAGUAGCUACCUAUUGGGAUUCUGAAUAGCUUCGUUACUACGUCAGAUUUAUUGAUUGUAUAAGUCUAAACAAUAAUAAGUCUGUACUGAUACUGACUUUAACCCUGAAAGUAAAGGUCUGUUCACAAGAUCCAAUUUUGUUGGAUCAAAUUCACUUCUGACGUAUGCAAUGGAGUCAAUUAUUAAUAAAGCAGUACUGCGUUGGUUU